UUUAUUGCUCUUUGGCCGUGCGAUAAGCAUAAGUUCGGGUCUCGCAGAACGGUGUAACCGAAGCGAUUCGGGAUUGACGUGAGCUUGCGUACAAUUUUAAAUGUAAAUCAAAUUCAAGUGCUGCGCAGAAGUAAUGUAAAAUCGUUGUAAAAAUUAAAAGCCAACUGUAUCAUAAUCGUAUGCGUCUUGGAUGUUAAAUGUAAAUUGUUCUUCAAAUUUAUUGGAUUUCAUUUGCCUGUGCAUAAAUGUGUCCGACUUUGAGCAUUUAGACUAACGCAUACAUAUGCGUUUAUGCUAGUAUUGGUGAAAACCGAAGCGCAAGCGACUCAACAAACGACGACGACUCAACGCCGCCGACGCAGCAGCAGCAGCUGAGCUAAAGAAACGAAGCUACAUACACGCCACACAUACUUGCGCACAUCAAGUAAAGAGAAGCGCAGAUAAAGCCAUCAUUUUAGCAGCAGCGAAAAGAGCACAAGGCAAAGUAAUCGCGUUCGCUUUGGCUACAAAAUAAAAGGUAUUUUGCACUAAAUUUCGAUCGUAAAGCAGAAGAACCUACGGUAAAAGAUGGCGAGUUUUCAAAUACAUCGCGACAACGAAAAGGAGAAUCCAAAACCAAUGAAUUUCAAGGAAAAGACCACAAAGCAGCCACUCGCCGUAAUCGGUAAGGAAAAGGCUCUUGCAACGCGCACCAAUUUGGCGGUGCUCAGCACUAACAAUAACCAAGGAAAUGUGCCGCGCAACAUCUCCGCGGCACCCGGCAAUAUGACCUUUGGCGGCGCUAAGAAACCGAAUGUGGUGGUGCCAGUGGUGGAGCAGUUCAAAACCUUCUCCGUCUAUGAGGACAAUAUCGAUACACAGGUGCAAAUAAAUACUGGCAAGUCGAUUAGCAGCAAUGUUGCCGACAAGGAGAAUAUACAACAACCCUGUGACAACCAUACACUUGAGUUCACCAGCCAGAAUGUUUAUGAUUUGGUUGCCACGCCCAUGUCCGUCACCGAUGUGCUAUCACCGAUGUCCGUGGACCGUUCCAUGGCCGAUGCCAGCAAUAUCAGCAGCAACCAGCUAACUGACAACAGCCUCUCCGAGGACAAGGAUGCUGCUGCUAUUGCUGCUGCUGCAGUCUUGCAAGGUGUGAUUCUGCCGCGCAACGAUCGUCAGCGCUUCUUCGAAGUCGUUGAGUAUCAGCAGGAUGUUCUAGAAAAUUUCCGUCAGAGCGAGAAGAAGCAUCGCCCAAAACCGCAGUACAUGCGUCGCCAGACUGACAUCAAUCAUUCGAUGCGCACCAUUCUGGUUGAUUGGCUCGUUGAAGUUGCCGAGGAAUAUAAACUGGAUACUGAGACUCUCUACUUGUCUGUCUCCUACUUGGACCGUUUCCUCAGCCAGAUGUCGGUGAAGCGCUCCAAGCUGCAACUCGUUGGCACUGCUGCCAUGUACAUUGCCUCUAAAUAUGAGGAGAUUUACCCACCAGAUGUUGGAGAGUUUGUCUUUCUCACCGACGACAGCUACACAAAGGCGCAGGUGUUGCGCAUGGAGAAUGUUUUCCUUAAGAUUCUCUCCUUUAACUUGUGUACACCGACACCCUAUGUGUUUAUCAACACCUAUGCGGUGAUGUCCGAUAUGCCCGAGAAGCUGAAGUGCAUGACUUUGUACAUUUGUGAGUUGUCACUACUGGAGGGCGAAACUUAUAUGCAAUAUUUGCCAUCAUUGAUGUCGGCUGCUUCACUCGCAUUUGCGCGACACUUUUUGGGCAUGCCGAUUUGGACAUCUCAGUUGGAGGAGAUAACCAAAUACUCACUGGACCAAUUGAAGAAUAUCGUAUUGAUGCUGUGCAAGACGCACAAGGCAGCCAAAGAUUUAAGUACGCAGGCCAUACGGGAAAAGUACAAUAGGGACAAAUACAAGAAAGUGGCUUCAAUGGAGUCCAUUGAAAUGAGCGAAUCCGAAAUCAAUGAGAUUGUCAAGGAUCAUAAUGCGGCUAGCCAAAUUAAAUCGGAGGCCAAUUUGUUAUAUAAGUUUUAAGUGUUUUUUACUUCAGCAUCAGCCAUGAUCAAAUUGUAUUGUAAUUUAGCGUUUUUAAUGUAAUGUAAUAACACCUUUCUAGUAGAUACACGUCGUAACUGUAAUUACAAUCAGUUAAGAAAUUACUGCCAGCUGACAAGGCGCGCCCGCGGAUUGCAACAAAGCACUGUCACCACCAAAGCUACCUGGACCAUUUGUAUUUGCUGACUGGCCAUAUAAAAGAUGAGCUACGACAAAGAACUCUCAAACACCAUACACAUAAAACCACAAGUGCGAUCAAGUCCAGGACAAGAGCUUACAACGCAAAGCGUGCGCAGCAGCAAAUGAUUUUAGAGAGCACCACAAGCAAGAUGAAUUAAUACAUACACAAUAAUAAUCACAAAAUAAUCCGAAUCAUAAGCAUUUGAGUUAAUUUCUUGUUUGCUUUCAUUGUAUUCUUUAUAUUUAACGUAUUUAUAAAUAUAUAUAUUCUGAUAUGUAUGUUAACAAUAAGUCUCUCAUCAUUUUGCAACUAACACUCAGCCCAAAUUAAAUAUUAUAACAUAUUUAUGAUAUACAUACAUACAUAUAUAUAUAUAUUGCAAACUAAAUAGGCUAUAAAUGUUCUGUGAACCCCAAAAACAAAUAUAUCAAUUUUACUUCAAACCCCAAUAACAAUAUUUUACUACUCUCACUAACUGAAACUGAACCUAUUUGUAGCUAGUGUUUUUUAUUAAAUAUUACCUAUAUACAAAUUUACACGUAAUGACACGCUUACUACAAGUUUAGUUGACCUUUUUUUAUUAUAUGUAAUAAGCCAAUAAAUACCAAUAUCAAUAUAAGUUGCCCAGCAUAGUAAAGAUGACUGAAUAUGUGUAAUUCGCGUUAGCAUCUGUUAAACUAGAAUUUGUCUUACAUUUAAACACACUUCUUGUACUUUGAAUUUCGUUUGACAUAAAUAAUAAAAUUCAGUGGCUAAAGUCCAUAAAAAGAGGCAAA